CCGAUGUGUGGUUUAUGGGCGGUAAAUUGAUUGGUAUUGAAGGUGAAUUGGGUUCCUUGGGAAGCGCAGUGAAGGAGAUGUUGAACUGCAUGAAACGCAAGACGCCUACAUCAUCAUCUCGCGUAGGCACUCCCAACCCAGAGAAAGGGUUCAAUUCUCACUUAGGUAAUCAACUUGAUCAAAGCUUGGAUCAUGCCGACAGUGUAACCAAUGAACCUCCUUCCUUGGAUGUUCAACUACUAGACAAUAGAAGAAGAGUUGUUGCAUCAGGAUGUAUUGUUGCUGGCGAUUAUGUUCAUUGUAGAAAUGUGAAGCCAACAGAGAAGAGGGUCUAUGUCGAGGAAGUUCAUAAUCAGUCUGCGUUAGUAUGGGAUGGUCCACAAGGAGAUGACGUUAACUUUUUGAAGGAUCUGGAACUACCUACUUUUCUAAUCUGGUCUGAGGAUAGUUUGCGGUUCGUGCCGGUCAAGGUGUAAUAUCUUCCUAGUUUGUGAUCUUUUUGUGUUCUUUUGCGCAACGAUGAUAGGUUCAACACAAGCAUAGAAACUAGUUGGCAUUGAGCAUUAGUAUAUUCUAGUUUUUUGGUCUUUUUUUUGUUAUUUCAGCCUUAGCUGAGAUCUUUUGCGAAGCAAGGACAGG